UAUCCCUAUCCUCGACGCAAUCUCCUCAUUCACUGUACUCACCAAGCUUCAUGGAAAAUUCCAAAGUCCUCGUCAUCGGAGGUUCACGAAACAUAGGCUAUUACUCUGCUGUCCGGCUUCUUGCUCUCGGCGCUACCGUUACAUUCCUCCUGCGCUCACCACGAGUCUUUGAUCAGGAUGACACGAUCCAAAAUUACAUCAAGGAAGGUAAAGCCCGCCUUAUCCAAGGCGAUGCUCUCGUGAAGAGCGAUGUCCGCCGGGCAUGGUCUGAGGCUCAGCAUCAACAGGGGGAUGACUCAGAUGCCAGACCAGUCGACUUCCUCAUCUUCACAGUCGGCGGAAUACCCCAGUUUUCACUAAGAAAAGGCUUCACCGUCACCCCGCCAAACCUUGUUACCCAGUCCCUCCUCAACGUCCUCGAGACUCUCCCAUCUCCGCACCCAAAGAUCAUAACGAUCUCUUCUAUAGGCCUCACGCACGCCUCCCACCAAAUUCUCCCUCUUCCUCUCAAACCAGUCUAUAGCUACCUCCUUUCCGAACCGCACAAAGACAAAUGUGGCGCGGAGGAAGCUAUAGCUCAUAGCGCAGGGUGGACUUGGGAUGCAAGAGACAGCCCAGGCAACGAGAUUUCCGGUGUUGAUUGGACGAACCGUAUUCCCAAUCCUGGGGAACUUAAGAGUAUUGUCGUCGUCCGGCCCGCGCUGUUUACUGACGGGGAAUGUCGCGCGGACGUAAAAGGUAAAGGAAGCGAAGCAUAUCGAGUGAAAGAAGGGGAUUUGGAGAGCAGUUGGACGAUUUCGAGGAUGGAUGUCGCGCAUUUUCUCGUGGAGGGUGUGGUGAGGCAUUGGCAGAAGUGGGAGGGGAAGUGUGUUAGUGUUGCGUAUUGAUUCUAUUUUUGGGUUUGUCGUAUGGAUUCGAUCGUUUCCUAUGUCCUCUGGACUAUCGCAACUAUUAUGCCCCAUCCUGGUUCUCUUUCUUCCGAUAUUUGACACCAAGUGCAAUAUGUCACGCACAUCAACUUCCAUGGUCAAGUCCCCUGGUCCCCGCAGCUCGCUGCUGCUCUCAGUAUGGCAUGGAGACGUGGAUCAUGGGCCCUCAUUAAUCAAAUUUUCGUCCUUGUGUCAAGCUAAGCUAGCGCAUCGAACAGCAAGUCAGAUUGUAACAGCCCUCCUCAUAAUAACUUUUAUUAAUCCAAACGCAUAAUCGUAUCCGCAAUAAUCUAUACCUACUCCGUCGUUACAAUUGUCACAAAUAUAAUCAGUCGCUGUCCAGUUAUUGGAUUGUUUAAAAA